CUUUGUUUAUUUAUCAAUUACCUAUAAUAUUUUGUACUGUCAGGGAUCAGUUUGUAUAUUUUGCAAUAAGUUUGUAUUAAAAAACGAACAUAAUACAUGCCUGUAUUCAAAAUCAAGUUUUUUUUUUUUAUGUAUUUUAUGCUGUUUAAAAUGUUCAAUUAUUUUAAUUUAAAAUUAUUUGUUAUGGUAAUUCUUUUCGAAUUAGACCAACCAUCAACAUGUUCUAUUUCUACCACUAUCAAAACAGAAUUACAAAAUACAAAAUGUAUGGAUAAUGAUGAUGAAAAUGAUGAUGAUUUUGAAGGGUUGAAAAAGACUUGUGAGAUUUCUAAAGAGGAUUAUUCACGCCUAAUAGAAUUUAUAGAGCCAUGUCGUCCAAUUUGGGAUCACAAAAUGAAUUUAAGUGAGAGAUCAGAGAACAUUAAGGAUCGUUUCUGGAACCAAGUGUAUGUGGAGUUUGAAGGUAAAUUAUUCCAAAUUAAUUAAGCUGUAGACUAUAAUGUAAUAUUUUUUUAAAAUAAUUUAUAAUAAUAGGAAUUAGCUAUAAAAGUUAGUAGUAUUGUAACGUGGUCGGGGAAGACCAGUUAAAUAUAAGAUAUUCAGGGAGAAGAUGUGUAUCAUUUGAAUAUAUUUGUCCGUAGCUCGGGAGCAGGAAUGUUGGGAUCUUAAAGUUACAAAUGAAUACAGAUUGAUUUAAACUGUUAUUAAAAUCUAAUUUAAUUACAUUUAAUUUACUUACAACUAAUUUAUUGGCAGCCCGGAGUUCCUAUUCACGUGACGGUGUCGUGAAGAACGGAGAACUGCCGUACCCUUACAUAAUAUUAGCAUUUGGCCGUAGCCUUACAAUGGUAUCAUAACAGGAGGGGCUCAAUAUAUCUAGUCAGCAUAUUCUAUAUAUUACGUUUAUAAGGUAUAUAAUAAUAUAUAUGUACAUGUAUAUAUGCUGGCUAUACAUAUUUAGGUGACAAAGUGUAAGUAACGAUGUAACCAUCGUUACAGUAUAUUGUACAUUUUAAAUGAAUUAUAUUAUAUAGAUAUUGAAAAUUACAAAUUACGACUAAUUUAUCAUUAUUUUUUAUUGUCACUAUUAUAUUAUAUAGAAAAAUAUACUAUGUCUACCAUAUAAAAGAGUUGGUCAUACAUAAAACAAAAAUAUACAAGAGAAAAAAACUAAAACCUAGUGGAAGUGAAGGCAAAAGAAAGAAUGGGUUCAUCUAAAACAUUUAACGUUUUUGGACAAUAUGAUAGAAAAUAAUAAACGUACAUCUUGCAACCUUGAAAAUUAUGACACAAUCUUAUCUACUGAUUCUGAUAUAAGAGAAAAAAAUCCAAAGCGUAAACAAAGUGAAAAUUUAAAUAUUACUCGUGAACUUCCGAAUGAACUUAAAGAAAGUAGACCAAUACCACCAGUUCUUCCAGUUCAACCAAAUACAGAAGAAAUAAAUGAAAACGAUACAUUUUUCAAAUAUCUGUCUAUAAGAAUGGCUUACCAAAAGAAACUAUCACUAAAUUACAGGAUGAAUUUCUCUCAGCUGUUAGAAGAGAACAAUCAUACAAUAUUUAGUUUUUUUAAAUUAUUGUUAUCGUGACCAAUUUCUCCCAAAUGUGUUGAAUCCCCUUAAAGAGGAACAAAAGGCUGUGAACCUCCUACAUAUUUUAAAAUUAAUUAUUAAUGUUUGUCUAGAGACAUAGACUGAAAAAAGUAUUAUCAGUAAGAUUAUUAUAUAUUAUGUUAUUACUUAUUUAUUAAAUAUGUUGUUGCUGUAAACUAUUUUUAUU